AUGGAGAAUCCGCGGGGACCCAAGAAGCCUCUGUCAGGGAGGAGAGCCAGGUCUCUGGACAGGUCACACGGCCUCAAGAAGGACUCAGAGUCAUGGGACUUCCAGUGCCUGUCCCUGCCCAUGCUCACCACCCCCUCCAGGCUGCUGCUCCACCGGACGGCCAGCGAUGGCACCAGAUGUCCCCGGAACCCAGCUCAGUCUGUGGAGGCUCAGGACACCAUGGCCACAGCCCUCAACCCAGAGGAGAACAGGGAGUUUCUCCCCAGUGACCAGAGGCCUCCGCAGGACACCAAGAAGGACAAGGCCCAGAAGCGCGGCCAGCAGGGGUGGCUGAAGACCCUUAUAAACUUCAUUCUGAGGACGGGCCCAGAGGAGCCUAAAGAAAAGGGCAGCCACAAGGCAAAGGGGAAGGACGGCCUCUCCAAGCCUGCAGAAACCCCUGAGACACCAGGGGACACAGCUCCUAGGAAGAAAGCCCACGACAAGAAGGCCAGCCGCAAGAAACACGGUCACAAGAAACAUGUUGCUGAGGAAACCAAGGGGGCCCAAAAUCAAGAGGCUGAAGGCCAAGAGACAGGGCUGCCCAAGAUGGCUUCUGCCCAGCACUCUAAGGAGGCUGACCUGGGCCCAGCACCUAAGGGUGGGGAAGGUUCUGAUCUCCACCAGUCCUUGUCCACUGAGGACAGGGGUCCUGGAGUGUCGGAGAUCUCUUCUCAAGCCACAGGUCACUGGCGGGAAGAGGAGCUCAAAAACCUUGACAAGGAGACUAUCAUCAGGAUGAUAGUGGAAUUUCUCCAAGGAGUGGGAGACCAGUGGGAGAAGGAGCGGCUUCAAGCUCCUCGGCCAGAGGUAGUUCCACAGAACCCAGCACCAGCUGUCAGGAAGAAAUCCCAAGAGAAGAAGUCGAGUCUCAAGAGAGCCUUUUCUCACAAGAAACAUGGCUCUGAGGAGCCUAAGAGAGCAGGGCCUGCAGAUGUUUCCAGCCCGGAGUCCCGGCCGCUCAGGAGGCCCAACUUUCUGCCCCUGUGUGUGGGGGGCCACCAGCCCUCCACCUCCAGCAGCCCUGGCUCGGAGGAACCCCACAUCCAAGAGGCCCUGUCCACAGACAGCGGGGCUCCAAGUCCCUUCGAGCUUGCCACCCAGGCAGAAAGCCAGGGAUCUGAAGAGGCCUUGCAGACCAACAGAGCCUUGGAAUUCAAAGAAUUCAUCCAGAAGAUCACGGCCCUACUCCAGGAUGCAGAGGAGCAGUGGGGAGAGAAGCAGCUUCAAGUCCAGGACCCAGAGGUGGCCAUGGAAAGUCUGCCCCCACCCUGCAGAAGGAAAUCCCCUGAGAAAAAGUCCAGCUUCAAGAAAGCUUUUUCUCAUAAGAAACACGGCUCCAAGGAACCGAAGAGAGCGGGGGCUGCAGGCGUCGCCAACCCAGAGUCCCGAUCUCACAGGAGGCCCAACUUUCUGCCCCUGUGUGUGGGGGGCCAUCAGCCCUCCACCUCCAGCAGCCUUGAUCUGGACGAUGUCGAGCUCCAGGAGUCCUCACCUGCAGAAGGGACCCCUGUUGGAUCCUCAGAAGCGUUCUCCCAGAUCAGAGGCCACAAUCCGGAGGAGGAACCACAGCCAGACGAAGUGUUCGAAACUAAGGAGCUGAUCAUUCAGAGGCUGGUGGACCUUCUCCAAGAAGUGGAUGACCAGUUGGGGGAGCAGAUCCGGCGACACCCCAGCUUUAAGAGGUUUUUACACAAGCUCUCAGACUCCUCCCUCAGGAAGCUGGCAGCCACCCUGCAGAGACAGAAGGCCCACCCUGCAGAGCCGGACAGUCACCUCACCGAGAGAACUUACCACUUUGCCUUCGGCUCGUCUAACAGAUUUGCCCGCAACGACAGCCACGCGGUCCUGAGGCUCAUGGGCCUGUGCUACGGUCACGGCCAACACAGCUACACCCACUUCCCAUGCCGGGUGGCCCAGCAGGUGAGAACCAGUGGCAACAGGUUCCAGAUCCUAACAGGACCAGGAUCCCUUGCUGGCCUCUCCCUUCCCCUGCUGAGUUCUUGA